CUUGAAUUGUCACCACUAAAACCUGCAGCAAAACAAAAGAAGGAAAACUACUAAUUUUAAUCGUUUAAGAGAUUAUUUGGCGUAAACCUGGGGCAAAGCCGUUGCUAAAUCGGCCGGGAAAGCUGCAAGUAUCAAUGCUGGACUCUACGGUAACCAACAUGGCAGUUUUCCUAUAUCCUACGAUGGGCCUGUGAUGGAGCGCUAGCUCCUGGCGGCCAGAAUGUGGCUUUUUAGGCGCCGGUGGCGUUCCGCGCUGGCAAUCAUAUGUGGGGCAUGCAUCUUGCUGUUGUUAGCAAUCGAACUAUUUAUAGUGGCUGGCGGCGGCUUCGGAGCACUGCACCAGGACGAGUACGUGGUCCGCACGCGUCCUUUGUUGUGGACGCAACAACUUCUACCGCCAGAGGAGCAGCUCAAUCGAACUCGUGCCGACCCCGAGGCGCGGUGCCGCAACUCUGUCCAAGGCCGCCAGCUGCUGGCCGACGAGAGGGGAUUCGUGUGCCGACGCGAGGAGCUACUGCCAAGCGGUUGCUGCAAUCCAGAACUACCCGGCAUCGGUUACUAUAGCUGCCUUUCCUGCAAUGUCACCACCCACUGUUGCGGUAUUUACGAAUACUGCGUCUCCUGUUGCCUGCAUCCCGGAAAGCAGCCGCUGCUGGAACAGGUACUUCGCUCAGCCAACACGCCCAAAUACAUCUUCACAAAGGUCGCCGAUCACUUUGAACUGUGCCUCGUGAAAUGCCGAACGAACUCACACUCUGUGCAGCAUGAGAACCAGUACCGCGAUCCAGCGGCCAAACACUGUUAUGGACUGACGGAGGCCCACGAGUCGCAGAAGAACGUGGCCCCGAAGGUAGCCGCCGCCGGCAGCUGAUCUCCCUGUGGAGAUUACUUUCUGAGAUUUCACUGAGCAGAUCCACUAUCACUGCACUAGUUUUAAGAUAUCGACAAGUCAGGGUGUACACUGUCAUGCUUUUUACAGAAAGUGCAAUAUUCAACACUCUCUAAACUAUUGUUAGCCAUAACAAGCUCUAGGUAUCUUUUUUUAUAGCCAGAUUAUGUUCUAAUGCUCGUCGGCAGAGUCCUCCUGUUUCAAUAGCUCUGUAAUAUUGUAAAUUGCCAUGCAAUAUGACUCUAGAAUGGGUGGAACAAAAAUAUAGCUUAUAAGAACCCCAUGUCCAAAAGAUAAUGACGAAAAAGGUAGUUCUCCUCGAUUUUUGUAAAUAGCUAGUAGACAGUUUUUUUUUUCUAGAACCGAACAAAUGCUUUAGCUCUCUGUUUUUUAUACUAUAUUUAAUA